AUGCCACUUCUAUUCUUCAUUCGUAAAUUUCUACGGUACGUAUAUCGCUCAAAUAGAGUGGCGCUCCGUUCUCUCAAUCGUGUGCCCAAUAUUCUAUUUCUCCUCCUAUCGCUCUAUCUCAUUAGCGCAUAUUUGACCGCCUGUUUGGUGAUAGAAAGGAAGAGCACCCUGUGGUCAAUUGCUGAUGCUACAAGACUCUUUGAGUCUCACCACCCUGAUCUUGAAAUUUCUUACCUUCCAUUGCCAUAUCAGCAAAACCUACCCCAGGAAAAGUCUAUUUUGGCAACACUGUAUGACCCAAGACUCAUCCCUGCUCUCUGGCUUCAUGUUAUCAGAGAUCGCUUGGAAAAGGAUAGACUAGGAUUCGAUGCAAAUCUCUCACUUCCUUUCCGAUGGGAAUCAUAUCUUGAUCUCUUACCUCUAGUGGUUUCCCCUGCGUUGACUGCUUCAAACAUAGAGAGUUGUGCAUCUUUUCGAAGAGCUUUCCACAUUGGAAUGGAUACCACUGCAUUCUGUAGAGAAAACAGAGAACACAAAGCACUUCUGGGGUUUCCCGGAGUUAAAAUCGUUGGUCCGACCGAUGGGGGUUUAAAUGACCGUGCGCGUGCCUUUGUUGGUGCUAAUUACCUUAUACAUCUGGACAAAGUACCCGAGCGAGCUGUACUUCUUGGAGUUGGACCAAGCAAAUCGGAUAAGAGGAAGGCAGUGGUGGUUCCUAUCAAAUCCAUCCCAUCUGUGUAUCUGCGCAUGGAUGUUAUCAGUCUUGUGGAAGAGUAUUUGGAGAGUUGCGUAAAUUGUAGUACUAUCACGUUGACUAACGAGCUCGAGAGGCUUGAAAACAUCUGGGAAAUUUCUGAUACUCAGAUUAACUUCAAAUCAGGAUUUGAAUUGCAAAGAGAUUCGAUUCGUAUUGAACAUGGUUCGCUGGAAGAACGUGUCGAUUUAGAUCCUACAGACUUCACAUUGUCAUAUCAAGAUGUCCAACAGUACUUCAACACUAGGGUGCACGAAAGAAAUCCUUGGGCUAAUGAUCUUGACUUCAAGAUGGCUUUGAAUGCUGGAGAACUCACUAAAGAUAACAACUCAGCGAAAUAUUUCCAUGAAGCCCUGCUUUUGAGUUCUUCAAGAGGUUCCCAUUUCGACUGGCGAUUCUUCAAAAAAUCGACCUACUCUAUUUAUGAGCAUCAAGCGAUAUUGCAUAGGUUAUCAAGGGCAUGGUUGCGCUUCUCAAAUCUGGUUGGUUUAGACUCUUGGCUCGCACAUGGAACACUUCUUGGCUGGUAUUGGAACGGGUUCAAUAUGCCUUGGGACCAGGACUUAGAUGUCCAAAUGAGCAUGAAAAGCCUAUUCCUUCUUGGGAGAAACUAUAAUCAGUCUGUGGUUGUGGACUUCACAGAUGUCUCGGAAACAACUGGAGUUCAUCUGUAUUUUGUAGAUGUGAGUCCGCAUAUCUUUGAUCGAGAAAAUGGCAACGGGAAAAACGUCAUUGAUGCAAGAUUCAUCGACAUGAGUUCAGGUAUGUACGUGGACAUCACCGGCCUUGCUAUUACGAACGACUAUUGGCUGACCUACAAUGCAUCUCGAACCAGAAAUAGUGAGUUGUUGCACAAAGUGUUUGACACCGAAUACUCUAACGCAAUCAAUUCUGCACGGGAGCAUCCCGAUUAUAUUAAUGAUUAUUUGAACAGCCUCAAUAUCAUUGAGUCUGAGACCUGGGAAAAGGGCCAUUUGUACAAUUGCAAGAACUUCCACUUCUAUAACAUGCUGGAACUUUCGCCCCUCCAGAAGACAACAUUUGAAGGUGAGCAAGCGUUCGUUCCUGCGAAUUCAGAACGCCUCCUCCAAAGAGAGUAUACCAAAGGUACAUUUGCAACAGAGUAUGGAAACUGGAUUUUCCGGCCUGCUCUCGGUUUAUGGGUCCACAAGAAAACUUGCAAAAAUGACUACCGAGGUAACGAUUGCCGUGAUGCAGCUGUUCUUCUUGAAGAAAGUUCUACUCGCUCUAUGAGACUCACACGAAAGAAUCGAUUGGAUGGAGUGUUGCUGAGAGAUGUGCGAGCAGAUCCGUGGAUGAUGGAACGUAAUGAGCUUCUACAGAAGUUCACACCAUGA